AUGCAUAUGAUGCAAACAAUAAAAUUAGAGAACGUAACAGUUCCUGGAGGAGUUUAUUCAACCCUGAUGAAAUUUGGAGUAAUUCCAGAAAUUUUACAAGCUGAAAAUGAUGUUGCCACCAGAUGGGUGGCCAAGGAAUCCUGGACUUACACUAAAAAAUUUGAUGUUCCAGAUUUGCUAAAUGCAAGAAGAGAGCAUAUGAUGCUGGUUUUUCAUGGUUUAGAUACAAUCGCCAAUAUUACAUUAAAUGGCCUGAUUUUGGAUAUGACUGAUAACAUGUUCGUAAGAUAUCGAUAUGAUGUCAAAUAUACCUUAAAGGAAAAAGAUAACGAAUUAAUAGUAAAAUUCUUUUCACCUGUAACCAUAGCAUCCAAGUUGCAAAAAAUAUAUCCGACAGUACCAACAUGUGUUCCCACAGAAUACCAUGGAGAAUGUGGAGCAAAUAUGCUCAGAAAAAUGCAGGCCAGUUUUUCCUGGGAUUGGGGACCUGCUUUUCCAUCUCAAGGAAUCUGGAAGUCAGUGGAAUUAGAAUCAUAUGACCAUGCCACAAUUCGUGACGUUAAUGUCUUCACACAACUUAAUGAUGAUAUGUGGAAUGUGAGUGUUAAAGUUUAUAUGGAAACUGGCCUAAAAGCAUUUAAUUUGCAAGGAUCUCUACAAGUAACUAUAAGAAACUACCAAAAUUCCACAGAUAUUUUAGCAUCAGAUGUUGCUGAGUUAAACAUAAAAUCUAUAGAUGGUGUAGUUUCCUACACAUUUACAUUACCCAUUCAUAAGAAAUUCGUAGAAUUAUGGUGGACAAACGGUUUAGGAGCCCAACCACUUUAUCCUUUGGAAGUCAGUUACGUAGGUCCAGAUUCUGUCAGUAUAAAUCGGAUUAAAAGAAUUGGAUUUAGGACUAUCGAAUUGGUACAAGAACCUACAGGUAAUAAUAUUGGUCUCACAUUUUUCUUCAAAGUAAAUGAUGUAGACGUUUUUAUGAAAGGUUCUAAUUGGAUUCCAGCUGAUAUCUUGCCAGAAUGGGGAGCAAACUACAGCACUGUCCAGUGGUUACUAAAAUCAGCAAAAGAUGCCCACAUGAACAUGCUUCGAGUUUGGGGAGGUGGUGUUUAUGAAUCCGAACUUUUCUAUGAAACUUGCGAUGAAAUGGGUAUACUGAUCUGGCAAGAUUUUAUGUUUGCUUGUGCUAUGUAUCCAACUUAUGAAAAAUUCCUAAAUACCGUGGAAAUAGAAGUUGUCCAAAAUGCAAGAAGGUUACAACAUCAUCCUAGUAUUGCUAUUUGGGCUGGAAACAAUGAGAAUGAGGCUGCUUUACGUCAAAAUUGGUAUGGAACUAUUACUGAACAGGAACGAUAUGAAAAAGAAUAUAAAGAAUUAUAUGUGAAUGUAAUAAGGGAUGCAGUAAGAAGAGUAGAUCCAUCAAGAACAUUUUUAGUGUCAAGUCCAUCUAAUGGAAUUAAUUCAGAAGAUCAAGAUUUUAUAGCCAGUGAUCCCCAAGAUUACAGAUAUGGAGAUAUGCACGUAUAUAAUUAUGUGAACGAUGGUUGGGAUCCGAAUAUUUAUCCAAAAGCCAGAUUUGUGUCCGAAUAUGGUUUUCAAGGUUUGCCCUCGCACCAUUCCUGGACAAGUGCUAAGGCUGGUCCAGAACAUAGGCAGCACCUGCCACUAGGCUACAAACCGAUGGUGACGCUUAUCAAAAAACAUUUGCCAUUGCCAAGUGAAAACAGUGUACAUUUUCCUGAAACUGCAUUUUAUUACAGUCAGAUUAGCCAAGCGAUGGCAACUAGAACUGAAUCCGAGGCAUAUCGUGUCGGUAGAAUAAGUCCAGCCAAAACUAUGGGUGCUCUUUAUUGGCAAUUGAAUGAUGUAUGGGUUGCUCCAUCUUGGUCAUCUAUAGAGUAUAACGGAGAUUGGAAAAUGCUCCAUUACCAUGCCACAGAAUUCUUCGCCCCAACAAUUGUCAGUAUGCAAUUAUCCGAAGCAAAAAUGUUGAAGAUCUUCGUGGUUCGAGAUCCUGUAAAAGGAAUAAGGGCUACUUUGAAAAUCAGUUAUUAUGGCUGGGAUUCAUUGACACCGAGGAAAGUCGACGAGGAAAAAUUGUUAAUUAAAGGCAAUAGUGUAACAGUAGCCCAACAAUCACCUCUUAGACGCAAAAUGACCUGGUCAGGUUGCAGACCAAACGAAUGUGUCAUCACGGCCCAACUUUACAAAGGAAAUAGUACCAGAGUUCUAGGACCAAGGGCCGUACUGUUUUUAGGGCCACUUAAGGAUGCUAUUGGGCUGGUGGCUCCCAAUAUUACGGCAAAAGUAAUUCCAUGCAAAAAAUCAACUGGAGUAUUCUGCAUAGAAGUUGAAACUGAUGCAGUAUCUCCAUUCGUCUGGCUGGAAGUUAAAGGAAUUAAAGGAACUUUUAGCAAAAAUGGAUAUUUGCAAGUUGAUCCAGUAGAAAUAGUAGAUUUUCAAGCAGCAGAUAAUAUGACUGCAGAUGAUAUCGCCAAAAAACUGAGAGUAAUAUCAUUGCUAAAUGUUUUGGCAUAAUAAUACAAAGC